GCAGCGGGCUGCCGGUGAUGUGAUUGACCAGCUCCUCUCCCUGAUCUGUCAGCCGACUGACUUGGCGCCUCCCUCCCCUCUAUAAAUACAGGACAUCAGUUCAUUCCUUCCACAACGAGCGUGUUGAAGUCAGAGGAACUCUGAGGCUCGCGGGAUGUUUUGACAGAUUCGAAAUCCGCCGUUUGAUUUUUCUCGUAUUCUCUCGAUGAAGGCUGUUACUCCAGUCCGCCCCCAGGACUCCUCCUCCACCGGCAGCCAGCUCUCCCUGCACUAUCUGUCGAAGCAGAGCCUCAACAUCGCCCGGUGCAGGAUGGAGGAGGAGGAUCUGUUCUGCCUGCAGUACGAUAUGAACGACUGCUACAGCCGACUGAAGCGCCUGGUGCCCACCAUCCCGCAGGAUAAGAAAGUCAGUAAAGUGGAAAUCCUCCAGCAUGUCAUAGACUACAUCCUGGACCUGCAGCUGGCCCUGGAGACGCACCCUUCCCUCCACAAACAGCAGCCACAGUGGACCGGGACCUGCCCCGCGCCACCCUCCAACCCCAGCCGUACACCGCUGACGGUGCUCAACACUGACCACCACCAGAGGACGUCAAUAGUCAAAAAGCCGGAUGACUCGAUUUUAUGCCGCUGAGACAAGAGCACUGCAUUGGUGUGCAGGCUUCACAGAGCUGCUCCAAAGCCAGCAAAGCUUCGCCAGGGACUCACACCCAACUGGAGGCACAAUCACAAGGGGAUUUCAAAACCGCUGGGAGGAAUUAAACCCAAAUAAAGUCACCAUUCACAUAAGAAUGUUUUUGUUCCAUUUAACAAGGACUCACUGUGUAGAAACCUCCCUCUCCCCCCUCCUGUUUAAGUUGCUCUAACUUUACUUCUUCUGGCUUUAAAUUUUUCUAAAAGAGUGAAAACAUUGAAUCCCCAGGCUCAGAAGUCGUCUGUCAACAGCUAUAAAAACUGUUUGUGAAUUGUGCUAAAUGAAAAGCUAAAAAUGACUCCAGUUUCAAGCUUUACUAAACUGCGAAAAAUAAUUGUAUAUGUUUUGUACAUCUAUUGUUUAAAAUAGAUGCUUUGUGUUGAACAGGGACUUCAUCCCUGGAACCUUAAAAUGUUUCAUAUUGUAAAGAAGAACAAUUCUGAUUCGAGACAAUUAAGAUUGUACAUAAAGAGACUCAAAUGUUCUAUAAAAGUAUGUGGAAGGAAGACUUAUAUGUUUAAAAUAGAUUAUUGUAAUUAUAAGAUAUUUUUAUUAAAACUUUUUUUGUUGUCAUGUAAAUAUUGUGUUUCCAAGGUUUUGCUCUGCCAGUGAUGUCCUCACAUGACGGUAUCAGUUAACUCUUUGCAGUGUUUUUGGAAUAGUUGAAUAUGUAGCAUGUCAGGCUCAUUGCAGAGAUAUUGAAUGUGCACUGAAGCAGCCCUCCUUGUGUAUAUAUGUGGUGGAGUUCAACACAAUUAUAAUUUGGCCUGCUCAGCUUUUUUUUCAGUUGUGUUGUACAUUAACUAUGGCAAGUGUGACCAGCUAGGAGUCAGUUUUCUAUUUGAUCUUCAAACAAAAAAAGAGAAGAAAAAGCCCCAAUUUGAUUCAAAAAUUCAAUCUGAUUGCUGCAACACUUCUUAAAGUAUAAUACAUAAAAAUCACUCAAAACAAUGUCUCUGUUAUAUUUGUGCUGUUGGAGUUACUCCUUGAAAAGUUAAUGAUUGACACCAUGAUAUCAUUAAUGUUUUGGUUAUGAACUGAUGAAAUAUGUGAACAAUGAAAGAAUCUUUUUGGACAACAAACACUUGAAUUAAUGCCGGCAUUGUCUUUAAGUCGGUACGAACUGAUUUCCCUGUAGGAGAGUCAGCAGCCAUUGUUAAUGUAAAGGAGGAAAAUAAUUCCUUUAUUUUUCAUGACAUUGAACACCGAAUUUACCUCACCGCCCUCCUGCCAGUGUGAGAGGGCACUUGUACAUUACUGUCAGCUGCACUGUUGGACUUGACCUUCACUGGCUUGUGAGGAGUUGUCAAAACAAUUAAAGUUUCCAGGAAGAA